AGUGAACCGAAAAUCAAGACAGGACCGACGACGGAACACUCGACACAGACAUACACCGAGACGGAAUGCGAGCGCAGACAUCGUCCGGUGGCACGGGCUUCACCAUAUCGGGAGGCGGAAGCUCCCUCGCCGUCCCUGACGCGAUCUUCGAGUCUGCCACCGACUGUUACGUGUGCGACAAGAAGUUCCACGCCUUUCGACGCAAGCACCGCUGCAGGGCAUGUGGUAAUGCGGUUUGUGGCGGCUGCGCGCGUACUCACAAAGUGAUGCCUAGGUCCACCAUUAUGCGCUACAAGAAUGAGCCCGUGCGCGUGUGCGACUGUUGUAUUCGGGAUCAGAAUCAGAUGAUGCUGGAGCGUCGACGCGCGGAAGACGUGGAGCGCGCUAGAGCCCGUCAAGUGGCGGCACUGGAGGAAGAAGAGCGUCUACGUAAGGCAGAACGCACUCAAAGAGAGCGGGACGUGGCGGAAGCGCAGGCUCGACGCGAGAUGAGACUGCGAGCGAUUGAGGAGAAGCAUCUGGGCCCGCGACCGGAUCUGAGGACGUUGAAGUCGAGAUACUCGAGAAGUCUGGACGACUGUGCACGUGAUGCGCCACCUCAGUCGCUUUAUUCGAAGGAGCUGAGCUCGUUCAUUGAAGACGCCGAGAAGAGAUCAGUGGCUUUGGUGGCCAAACCAUACGCUGCUGAUGACAUUUUUGAAGAUAAAAUGGACUUGGAUGGCACCGAGACUGUGGAGACUACAGUGGUGCAGGAAGCGGAUGAGUGUGCUAUCUGUCUCGAUACUAUGGACGUCGGGGAUGCAAUUUACACGACCGCGUGUGGACAUAGUUUCCAUUGGAGCUGUCUUAAGGAGAUCCAGAAGUCGGACUCGAGCAACUACGACAAAUGCCCGUCGUGUCGUGCAACGAUGUCAGACAUGCAGGUCAAGAAACAGUGUGAUCACCCUCGAGUGCGACUUGGACACCGGUUCUGCCGCGACUGUGGCGCAGCAGUCACUGAGAGGGAAGCCAAGCCGAGAGCUGACGAGUCCGGGGGCGCUGCAGGAGUGCGGAUGUCGACUCCUUCCGGCGGACCAGAUCUGAAUCAACCGGUUUCGUACCGAGCGAGCUCGCACGGCGCUCUCGUGCGCUGUCCUCAGUGCCACAUCCAGAUGCGUGUGCUCCCCCACAUGUACAACAUGCGGGUCGCAUGUCCGUCAGGUCACAUGUUCCUGGUUCAAGUUGCUGGACAAGCAGGAAACGGAGGGGGCGGACACGGUGGAUACAGCUUUGGAUCACACGGUGGACUGGGCGGUUCUCGGGUGCCGUCGCGUGGAAUGAGUAUGGGUUACCCAGGCUCGCACUACCGCUCCACAAAUGCUUAUUCGGAGCUGUAGUAACUUAAGAACCAACUACAUCAAGGCCAGAAUUGUGCGCACAACGUGAAGCGAAAGUAGCUCUCGUUCUGGCGCCAAAUCAAUCAAAAGGCAAUCAU